AUGAACACCGCUUCCCCUGCAUCGGCUGCGUCAAACGAUGGCCCGACCAAUUCAGUCCUGGCACUCACCCAUUCCGGCUCCUUCACAUAUCAAACAUACGCCAUUGUAUACUCAUGCGGAGCUUUGUUCCUACUCCCCGGCCUCUUGGGUCUGUAUCGCUCAAUACGCAGCUGGCGUCAAGACCACACGGCCGUGCGUCUCUAUGGAUUACUCGCUCUAGGAGCUUCGCUUCGAGCUGCAGCUUUCGUCCUCGUGGCCAUUUGGAUGUUAGAUCUGUGUCAAUCACACGCCAGUAGGCGUCUGGACCGAGACGCAGCUCAAUUGCAUCUGUCAUAUCUUGAUCUGGUGUUCCAGUGGCAGGUCCUGGGCACCACAGCGUCGCUAGUGCUGGCCGGCGUCUUCUUACUGGUACUGAAUACCUGGGCAUCGAUGGUGGAUAUAGUGCAGGGGACCAAUUUUAAUUAUAGCUCCAGGAAGCAUUGCCGGCCAACGGACGCUCUGCUGCAGAGUCUUCAUACUCGAGGAGCUCCAGGUAGCAACGAAAGGAGAGGAAGUGGCGCUUUCAUGGCUCCGGAGUCGUCGUUGAAACCUCUUCCACCGCCGAGGCUCAUCUUCAUGAGAUUAAUGGUGGCCGUGUACUUGCUGCAAAUGAGUGCAUUUUUGUUUGCACGAAGAGAGCCAAGGAAUCGAAUUCGACGCAGUCUGUUGCUCGGCGCCACGGCCCUACUGGUUUGUUGCUGGGCUGCUUGUGUCGUAUUGCUGCCGGCAUAUGGAGAGAGAAUGUGUGUGCUACUGGACAAAGUAGCGGAGGACGUGAGUCAUCGCAAGAGGAACAUUCGGCGUAUUGCAUUCAUUGCAGCGGUCUUUUGCCUUAUGCAAACAGUGCCACUUUUGCUACUUGCAGCGUCACAAUGUAAGUUGCCAUCGGAUAAGCCGCCAAGUUUAAGUGCGUCCCACUCGGAUAUUAGCCAUCGACACCAGCGCAAGUUCCGUGACGUCGUUCAGGCCAACCCGGCGUUCUUCAUCCCGCUAGGUUUAGCGGCAAACGAAGUAGCUUACACGGAUCACGAUUUACUUCGCUUGACCAUGGGGAUUGAAGUUUAUAAGUUUCCACUUGAAGUGGCGAUGCUGAUGGCGUUGCUUUGUGUGCUGCCAGCACGCCCGUCUUCCCCAACCUCACAAGGCUACCAACCGAUUUCAGGAAAUCGAAAGCGGCAGCCGUAA